AUCUUGAGAUCUCUGGCGUAGCACUUUGGGUUCUAACGAUGGAGCGGUUGUCGCACUUGGUUCAUGAGGAAGUGUCAUUUGCGAAAGGCAAGGACUGACUGCAGAUGUAGGCUCUUGUUAACCGCAGGAUGGAGUGUCCACAUCUGUUAUCCAGUGUGAAAUUUCAUGUAUCUGCAUAUGAAAGUAGCUCUGACGGAAUAAGAGAUUGGCAAUGUGCAGUAUGCUCAUCUUCAGAAAGUCCGUGGCUGUGCUUAUAUUGCGGAACGAUAAAUUGCGGUCGCUAUAUUAAUGGGCAUGCGAAGCAUCAUUCAGAACAGCAUAGUGAUCAUACACUCAGUAUGGACUGUGAGACCCUAGCAGUUUUUUGCUACACAUGUGAUGAAUUUAUAACGAAUGAUACGCAGUCAGAUGUCCUACAGGGAAUUCGUCGAUUGUUUCACAAAUUAGAUGCAAAGACGAAUGAAGAAAAUGAAUGUCGUACUGCAGAAAAUGACCGGAAGCCUUGGAAGUCUCGGUCCCUCACGCCCAGAGACAGUCAAGAAAACGUCCGGAUUUUGCGGCCUAGGUCGCGCAAAAGGUAUUCCACAUCAGAUGUUAACGGUGAAGUGAAGUACAAAAAACAGCAUAUAGAAAAAGUUGACAAACCAAAAAAUAAUAAUGCCAAAUUAAGGAGGGAGAAGAAAGUUGUUGGUAUAAGAAACUUAGGUAAUACCUGUUUCAUGAAUGCAGUACUACAGUCUUUGAGCAACAUUCAAGAAUUUUGUUGCUACUUCAAGCAGUUGCCAUCACUAGAAAAAACUAAGCAAAAUGGCAGACGCGUUUAUCAGUCUAGAACACUUAGAGAAAUGAAUGAUGCAAUAAUGGCAGAGGAGUUGAGAAAAGUUCUUGUAAGUUUAACACAAGGUGGCACUAAGGGCGCCAUUUCACCUGAGUCCCUGUUUCUUGUGAUAUGGAAGGUGGUACCUCGUUUCAGGGGUUACCAACAACAAGAUGCACACGAGUUUCUAAGAUACAUGCUAGAUCGCUUACACACGGAACUGCUGCACCUUUUGCCCGACUUUUCUCUGAAGGAGAGCCCUUAUAUCUCCCUACAGAAAGGGCGUACAUCAAUCGUCACCAGUGUGUUUGGGGGAACACUGCAGAGUGAAGUACGGUGUCUUAACUGCAGUACAGAAUCAAAGAAACAUGACCCUUUUCUGGACCUUUCUCUUGACAUACCAGACAAAUUUCAGCUCAGCAGAAAGUAUAAAGACCAUGAGGGUGGCAUUCCUCCAUGUAACAUAUCAGAUUGUUUAACAAGUUUUAUAGAAGUUGAAGAACUGGCUGAAACUGAGCUGUAUUACUGUAGCACUUGCAAGAGCAAACAACGGUCAACAAAACGCUUCUGGAUUCAUCGGCUACCAAAUGUGUUGUGUCUUCAUUUGAAGAGAUUCAGAUGGCAUAACUUUUUCAGAACGAAAAUAGAUACAAAUAUAUCAUUUCCUGUUACUGCGUUAGACAUGUCACAGUAUGUGCUGAGCAAUCUGCACGAUACCCGUAGAUCAGGAAGUGGUAGCAACUUAUAUGAUUUGGCUGCUGUUAUUGUCCAUCAUGGAUCUGGUGCUGGCUCUGGUCACUACACGGCAUUUGCAGUCAAUGACGGACAGUGGUUCCAUUUCAACGAUAGUACAGUGAGGCCAACAGAAUGUGGUGUUGUCGCAAAGUGCAAACCUUAUAUAUUAUUUUAUAUUAGGCGGGAAUUCAGGCUGCCCACUGUGAGCACGUGACAAAAUGCUAUUCAGAAGCUGCUUGGCUGUCAGUAACCUCCUCCUUUGCAGUAAAUAUCUUGGAUUGUCUGUGAAAAGUAUUAUCCUGGAAACCAUAUCGGCAUACAGUACAAGAAGUGUUGCUUUUUCUGUUUUAUUUUGUGAAAUGAUGCUCUUUAAGAAAGAGCUUCAUUGUGCCUAAGUUAUGAGAGCUUUAUUAUGGCUCAGAUAUUCUGUAUAAACAUUCCUGUGUAUCUAACUUCAAUGUAUUUAUUUGUUAAUGAUGUAUAAAUGUGUGUGGAAUCUGAGGCUGUAAAUGACUAAAGACUGAUAAGAAUUUUUAGAAUACUCUGCCUAUUACUCUUCAGAUGUUGCAGGAAAAUACACUUGCAGAAAACAUUCGUAA